GGGCGCAAGUCCGCUCCCAGGGCAUCGCCGCGUCGCCGGCCGCGCACGGCUGCCCCGUGUGAACCAGGGGACAGCGCUUCGCGGCGACUGUGAGAGCGCGCGGUCAGCGCGGCUCGCCUCGCGACUCCAGGGUCGGGUACCGAGGAGGCUCCCGACCCCAAUUUGCCGCUCCUGCAACCUUGAAAAAGGAGGACCUGUGUCAUGCAAAAGUUGAAAAUAAGGGUAGGAAAAGAGAGGAGAGAAAAGUAACUGAGACCGAAGGAGAAGGGACUGGUGCGGAUCUCCUGUUCAAUUAAGAGGAGCCUAGAGGCGCGGUGAUCCGAGCGGGAGCACGGAGGUGCGCAGCGAGGAGCGACGCAAGCGGCGCGAUUCGCCGGCUGGGUCUUCUUGCACCUUGGGUCACGCCUCCUUGGCGAGAAGGCGCCUCGCCUUUGAUUGCUUCCAGUUACUGCAGAACUUCCUGCCCUGGUGGAGAAGCGGGUCUCGCUCGCUCCUGGCCUGAGGCUUGAGACUGAGUUCCCAAGGUCCUGAAUCCCCGCACCAGGAAGGGUUGGGAGAACCAGUGUCUGCCAGCCCUCGCUCCCCAAGCGAGGGGCCCCGUGUUGGGGUCGUCCCUGCCCUUGACUCCGCAUCCUCCUGAGCUUUGCGCCUCCCCGGGAACCCCUCGCCCGGAGAUGGCCGGCAAGGACUCGUCCCGCUGCCUACUCCUACUGGCCGCGGUGCUGAUGGUGGAGAGCUCACAGCUUGGCAACUCGCGGGCCAAACUCAACUCCAUCAAGUCCUCUCUGGGCGGGGAGACGCCUGCCCAGGCAGCCAAUCGAUCUGCGGGCAUUUACCAAGGACUGGCUUUCGGCGGCAGUAAGAAGGGCAAAAACCUGGGGCAGGCAUACCCCUGUAGCAGUGAUAAGGAAUGUGAAGUGGGGAGGUAUUGCCACAGUCCCCACCAAGGAUCAUCAGCCUGCAUGGUGUGUCGCAGGAAAAAGAAGCGUUGCCAUCGAGACGGCAUGUGUUGCCCUGGUACCCGCUGUAAUAAUGGCAUCUGCAUCCCAGUCACUGAGAGCAUCUUAACCCCUCACAUCCCAGCUCUGGAUGGCACUCGGCACAGAGAUCGAAACCACGGUCAUUACUCCAACCACGACUUAGGAUGGCAGAAUCUAGGAAGACCACACACCAAGAUGUCACAUAUAAAAGGGCAUGAAGGAGACCCCUGCCUACGAUCAUCAGAUUGCAUUGAAGGGUUUUGCUGUGCUCGUCACUUCUGGACCAAAAUCUGCAAGCCAGUGCUCCAUCAGGGGGAAGUUUGUACCAAACAACGCAAGAAGGGCUCUCAUGGGCUGGAAAUUUUCCAGCGGUGUGACUGUGCGAAGGGCUUGUCUUGCAAAGUAUGGAAAGAUGCCAGCUACUCCUCCAAAGCCAGACUCCAUGUGUGUCAGAAAAUUUGAUUGCCUCUGAGGAAAGCAUCACUAGCAGACUGUGAAUUUGUGUAUUUAAUGCAUUAGAGCAUGGUGGAAAAUAAAGUUUGGAAUGCAGGAGAAUGGCUAAAGUGAAGAAUGUAAUAAGAAUGUAGAUCACAGAAAGAAAAAGAGAACUGGAUUAGAAUGGUUGACCAAUGCAACACAGCCUUGUGUUUCCAUUAUGCAACUUGUUUAUGUAAAUAAUGUACACAGUUGUGAAGAUGCUAUUAUUAAAAAAAAAAGCACACAGUGGAAAUUACUGACGAUUACCAUGUGACUUUCCAACAGUUUAGGUUGUGCUGGAAAAGAGAUUUCCUUCAAAUUGGUGAUUGACUAUAUGAAUAGCACAAAAGCCAUAUUUCUAUUCCAAAUUGUAGUUUAAUAAAAUAUUCUUAGUAUACCUGGACAAACGGUAGGCUGUAAAACAUGAAAACAGUUGGUAAACAGGAAUUAAAAACCUGGAGCAUAGUUAAUUUGCAACAUAGAAUCACCUUUUAAUUUGGGACACUACUUUUACCACUCAAUUAAAGGCCUUCACAGACAAGAAAAAAGUAUUUCCCAGAUGCCAUCAAAAUAGUGGCAGGUAUUUCAUCAAACUCAUUAGAAAAAAAAGCAAGCUUAUUUUUCCUUAGCUUGCUUAUUUUCAGUUUUCAAAAAUAUAAUUUCACUUGUAAAAUUAAUAAGAUCCAGCAUAAAACAUUCUCUUCAGAUUUUGAAGGAACAAUAUUGCACCCCUCUCAAUUGUAUGUGAUUCCUAUUCUGAAUGUAUUUUAUUCUCCAGACUAUGUCAUAUUUUAUCUCACCAGAAAACGUUGUCCAUUGUCCAGGUUUUGGCAACCCAUAGGUUAUAUAUUUGAAGCACAAGCUGACUUUUCAUCUUUGAAGCCAGAGACUGCACAACCUAAAUGGAAGGUCUUCAUGGGAUUUGCUAUCAUAAUACUCAUUAUGCAGAUGGGUAUAGCAUAAGUCACUAGCCCUUACUAUUCUUAAAAUCCUUGUUUGAUAUUUUUGAGGCUCUAAAAUAAUCUUCAUAUGAGUAGGUCUCACAAAAUGGACUCCCAAAAUAGAUAGUGUACUGGAGUUCCAUUGUCCUUUGUAAGCUUCUAUCCGGCCAAUGGCACCCUCUAAUUUUUCUGCACCAGACUCUCUGCAACAGCUACUUUAUUGCCAAAGAUAUAGUUUCUCUUGAGACUAAAAAAUAGAAAUGGAAUAACUUGUAAAAUUUAUAUAUUGUGAAUCUAUGCAAACCACAGGUUCUAAAUUCUUGGAAACCACUGUACCAUAUAUAUAUAUUUUUUUGCUUAACUCGGUUCUAAGUAAUAUGUCUAGAACAUAAAAGAAUAAAAAGGUUAUCUUAUAAUUAUUACUUUAAGCAUUUAUAGACCAUAAAUGAUUGUCUAAUUUUCUUUUACUUAAAAUCCACUGCAGUCUCAAAUUCAAGUUCUCACAAUACAAAUGGAAUCUUAGUCAGUAUAUGUAUUAAGGAUUUCAGCUUACUAUAUUUACUAGAUUGAUUGAGAUUUAUGCUUUCCACACAUGUCUGAAAAACAAGUAAAUUGUAAGCUAAUUUAUCCAAGAGCCAAUGUUUGUACAAACAGAUGGCUAUAAUCUCUGUGAUAUGCAAAUGUAAGAUUUUCAGUCAAAUGUUUCUUAUUCAGCAAUUAUAUUUACAAUCUGGUUUUCAUAUUGCUUCCCCAAUAUUAACCCUUUCAAAAAUUAUUAUUUGAAGUAAUUUAUUUACUGGAAAUGUUAAUGAGAUGUAUUUUCUUAUAGAGAUAUUUCUUACAGAAAGCUUUGUAGCAGAAUAUAUUUGCAGCUGUUGACUUUGUAAUUUAGGGGAAAUGUAUAAUAAGAUAAAAUAUAUUAAAUUUUUCUCUUCCAAAAAAUUAAA